AUGGCAGAACCUAAAAGAAACGUAUUACCCCAGGAAGGUACCAGCAACGCUGGAGAAUCCUUCCCCACCGCACCGGAUUCGCCGGGGGUGGGCUGUCCCAAGUAUUCUGGGGGGGACAAGUUAGGCCAUGAGUGGGAGGAUGAGGAGGAGGUAGAUGCAGCGAGGAGGGAGUUUGUGGAGAGGCUGCUGGACCAAAUGGAGGCAGAAGCAAUGGAGGGAUUAGAUUCGGAUUUCUCCGGAUCGAGUCUCUCCUUGGAUUCUGAAGUAGGAAGCGACGUUGCCGGCACAUCAACACCGUUGCCGCAACGACGAUCUCAGCGCAAGAGACGGAUCGUUGAGAAGUCGAAACCGGAGGAUGACGCACCCGAGAUCGUUUUUAAAACACCGGGACAAAAACCCGCAACACCAUCUGCGGCAAGGAGGACGCCCGUCACAAAAGUGGGUGGCAGUAGUGCCGGGCCAAAGAAAACAACGAGGGGUGAUAAUGACCCCGAUUUGGUGCAGGCGAAGGCCGAGUUGGCUGCCGCUACCCAGAGAGAUAUGGAGUUGGAGGCGGCAGCUGCAGUAAAAGUGGCUACCCCGAAACCGGCGAAGCGCCCUACCACCCGCAGACCCUCAGACGAGGAUGCGAAGCGCUCCGACGUCCUGGUUUCGGACAUCCAGGAUUGUGCCCUGAAGGUGCUCGAUGCCGUGAAGAAGUCCGGCCACUUGAAGGGCACAGUAGUGAAGGAGAUUAAAGACGCCGUCGCUACCAUCCGUGCGGCGUCUGAAUCUCUGGCGGGAAGGACCGCAUCAACCGAGUGCGCAGCACUGCGCCGGGAGAAUUCCCGAUUGGCACGCGACAUGGCGGAUAUGCGCGAAUUGAUGACGGGCAUCAGAGAGGAAUCCGCAAAAUAUUAUGUGGAGCUAAGGGACCUCAAGAAGAAGACCAUGGGGUCCGCCGGCCAGGACAUGAACGAGCUAGCGAUGCUCAAGGCCGAGAGGGCGGAGUGGGAGCGGGAGAUUGCCGCCACCCGAAACUCCUACCAGGAGGUACUAAAAAGGAGUAACGAGGACCGCCUGGCGCUCACUACAGCGCUUGAUGAAUUGGCGGCAGCCAAAGCUGCACUGGCGAAUCAGCCACAUAGUGCGGCCAUGGAUAUGACAUCCGGCGCCCAAAGUGCUGAGCCGCGCGAAACGCCGGUAAUCACUGAGGGUGUCGAAGCGAGAAUAGUCCGCCAAAUCGGGGACAUUUUUAAUGCCCGGUUUGAGCGGAUUGAGGAGCUUGUCGGCAGGUCUCAAAACCCGCCGCCAAAAAGGACCACAGCUGCACCCCGAACACCUGGAGCAGCCAAGAAAGGAGGAAGUACGGCCCCUGUAGCCAGUACUAGUAGAGCAGGGGUGAGCGCUUCUCAGCCGGCGCCAUCUACAUCGGAGCAAUGGACGACCGUAGUCCGGCGAGGAAAACGGGCCAGUGCAGCGAAGGGUCAGAAGUCGGCCCCAGCUACACAAGCAACCACAGGCGGGGCUAAUACAGGCCAGAAGAAGGCCACUACGGAGGCCCAGAGUGAGGCCACCAAGAGGAAAAGGGCACGGAAGCGUCAAUUCCGUUCCCCGCGAUCCUCGGCGGUAGUUCUGACACUGCAGCCGGGAGCUGCGGAGGCGGGAUCGAGCUACAGCUCGGUGCUCCGAGAGGCCCAACAGAAGAUCAAGUUGGAUGCCCUCGGAAUCACCGAGCUGGGCUUUAGGCUGGCCAUAACGGGGUCCCGCAUACUCGAGGUGCCGGGACCAGUGGAGGAGAGUGGUAGGAAGGCUGAUGCUCUUGCCGCUAAACUGGCCGAAGUCAUACCGGCGGGUGUGGUCAGCGUGUCCAGACCAGUGAAGUCUGCGGAAAUCCGCAUCCUGGAUCUGGACGACGCCACAACGGCAGCUGAAGUGGUGGCAGCUGUUGCGCGCGAGGGAGACUGCGCCGAGGCCUCCGUGAAAACGGGGGAGAUCCGGCGCUCUCCCUCAGGAAGUGGCUCCAUCUGGGCGCGGUGCCCUAUUGGAGCUGUCAAGCGGCUGGUUGACGCCGGCAAGCUCAGAGUGGGGUGGACAAUGGCACGGGUGCGGUCUUUGGACCCCCGGCCGAUGCGGUGUUACCGCUGCCUGCUCACAGGUCAUGUGGGCCAGCGGUGCACCGCCAAGGAGGACCGCGGCGGAGCUUGUUUCCGCUGCGGACAAGACGGCCACAAGGCCGCAUCGUGCACCGCCCCCUCGCCGCACUGCCCCUAUUGCGCGGCGGCGAAGAAGAAGGCGGACCACCGUAUGGGCAGCACCAAAGGGUGUCGCCCGCCGAAAAUGGCGAGAGUGGAGGAGAUGGAGGCCGAGACCGGCCCGUCACCUCCUACCACGGGCCUUGCGGCAGCUGACGCGGGGGCGUCAGCUGUCACCUAA